AUGCAAUCUGCUCAAAUCCAGGGUGGGACCCCUGCGCCAUAUGGCCGCGCAUGUAUGAAUUGUUCCCGCGCCAAGUGCAAAUGUAUUCUUUCCGCAACUGGUAGUGGCUGCGAAAGAUGCCAGCGCCUGAACAAAGAAUGCCGGCCUGCGCAGACAGUCCGCAAACGCAAUAAGCCGGCGUCGGGUUCUAAUACUGCCCAUCUUGAAGCCAAACUGGAUUGGAUUAUGUCCGCGUUUGAAAAGAGUGGUGUUACCCCCAGUCUUCCUCCAGAUUGGCAACCUGUAGACCUAGGGCAGAGUCAACGGCAUGAGCCAAGCCAAUCUGCACCAAUCACUCAAACCUCAACUACAGCUUCUUCUUCGACUGCCGAGGAAGGAAAUUACCCUGAACACUUUCUUCCCUCGUAUGAUCCGGAGAUAUUGUCUCUGAUCUACGUUCCGCCCACCAUGGCUCAGAAGUACCUCGACCAAUUCCGCACUCGGAAUUUGCAAUAUCUCCCCUUUGUCCACAUCCCUUCUAAUAUAACCUCUGACCAAUUGCAACAGAAGUAUCCAUUCCUUUGGAGAGUUAUGCUCGACAUUGCGCCGAGCAUAGAUCUUCUCCUUGGGAUCAUGACUUUCGUAUCAUGGGUCACAUACACUAAAAGGCCAUUUCUCAAUGUCUAUGCACACAUGCUAAUGGCGGUCGUCGCCGAACUUGGGAUCAAUCAAAGUGUCCCAAAUGAGUAUUCAGCCAUGCAUUCUUUCAAGGUCGCUAUCGGAAUGAAGCAAACUCCACCCACAGCCAGAACACUGGAAGAGAGGAGGGCUGUGCUGGGAUGCUUUUUGAUUUCAUCAAGCACGGCAUUGGCAAUGUCCAGGAUUGACGCUAUGCGCUGGACACCGCACAUGGAAGAAAGUCUUUCAAUACUCACCGAUGCUAAAGAGUGUCCCCAGGAUGAGCUCCUGAUCGCACUGGUUAAGAUCUAUUUGGUCUUAGACAGAGUCCAUCAACUGCGACGGGAUGGUGAGGUUUCUAUCCCGCUAGCUUUCUAUCUGGAUAGCUUCAAAAAUCAAUUGGAUACAGUGAAAAGCCAAAUUCCGCCUCACCUUCAACAGCACAGAGUUGUACUGAUGUAUCUCUACAAUGCCGAAAUUGUAAUCAACGAAUUAUCAAUAGGAGACCCCGCCAUUGCACAUUCGCCUGAUCUCCAUCGACUUGACAGCCUUUACACCUCCCUCCGAGCAACAAAAGGCUGGUUAGAUGUAUGGCUAGAGCUUGAAGGAGAGGAGUACCUACAGCUAUCAUGUGUCAUUUUUUUCCAAUUCACACGAGCCAUUGUCAACCUGUACAAGCUCACCAUUCUGGAAGACCCGCAAUGGUCUAAGAGUAUGGUCCGAGACACUGCAAAUAUCCUCGAAUACCUGAACAAAAACGAAGCCGUCAUCAGGAAAUGCCCAGAAUACAUCACUUUCGACCAAAGCAGGGAAAUGAACCUCCUCGAAAAGGGAUUGAGAAUGGUUCAAGGCAUGCGAAUAAAUUGGGAGCCGAAAUUAUUGGAACUAUGGCGCCCAAACAUGCCCGCGAAUAACGAGAUCGAUAGUGGUAUGAUCCAGUCCGAUACUAUACUCCCUGAUGUUAUGCCUUUGGGUGGGAUUGAUGAGGCUUGGAUGAUGGACUUCCUUGGGUCGUUAUAA